GCGGGGGAGGGGCGGCUUCUCCCGGCUGGCGGCGGCGAAGAUGGCAGAUUUUUUGAAAGGAUUACCAGUCUACAACAAAAGCAACUUCAGCAGAUUCCAUGCGGAUUCUGUAUGUAAAGCAUCAAAUAGAAGACCAUCGGUAUAUCUUCCCACGAGAGAAUACCCAUCUGAACAAAUUAUAGUAACAGAAAAGACAAAUAUACUUUUGCGUUAUUUACAUCAGCAGUGGGACAAAAAGAAUGCGGCAAAGAAGAGAGAUCAAGAGCAAGUGGAAAUAGAAGGUGAGAAUUCGGCGCCACCACGGAAAAUCGCUCGGACAGACAGCCAGGAUAUGAAUGAGGACACUUAAACUCUUGGCUUUCUCCUCUACUACCUUGCAGGCGCUUCCUGUUUUGUCUCAAAGUGUGUAAAUUUUGCCCCUUGCCCCCAUCUCUCACCCCUUCACUACGCAGCCCAAACCACUUCUGAUUUCAUAGGAGCCAAUGUAUUUAUUUUUUUUCUCUCCAUUUUUUAUUUAUACCGUAAAACUUACGGAGCAGUGGUGGAACAAUUCAGUAAGAGAUGUAGUAUAAUGUUAGUUCCUUCUUUCUAAAAAUAUACACCGUCACUUUCACAGGUUUUGUUGAAUCUGUUACCUAAUCAACCAGGUAUAUCUCUGGGAGCCUGGGUAGGAGACGCGGGUUAUUACUGAACCCUGCAGUGAUGUAGGCUUUCCAAUUCAUGUACCUGUUGACAUAGUACAAGUGGUUAACUCUUCUUCAGAUGUGUCCAGUCCAGCCAGAAGUGUGGGGCCUCACUAUUUUUUGCAAAUAUUCUGAAACUGGCACUGCACUAAAAAAAAAAAAAAAAAAAAAAUCAUGGGUGUCAUUUAGGGUUACGCUGAUCUUAGGAAGCGCGUUGUCAACUUGAUAUAUCAGUUGUAUUCUUCUGGUCUGUUCUGUAAGGGCCACGGUCAUUUGGCAGCGUACAUUAUCUCAUGCAUCAGUGGUCAUGGAGAAUUCAAGUGAAGGGUGUGUUGCUUUUAUUGCUCUUAAAUUCUAACCGUCUCUUGGUCUCGAACGGACUGAUAUGUGCAACUUCUGCGUUGGAAUAAAAGGAUACCCUUAUCCUAUUCUGAGUAUUUGAUCAACAGCGUAUUUUAGCAGCAGCUGGUGGAAUGGAGUUGGGUAGGCACCCGGCAGGCAGCGCGUGGCUGGAUAAGUCUGGGAGCACCUCGGCGACUAGAUCUAGUUCUCUGUCUCAACUGCCGGCUCUGAAUAAUGGUACGCUGUAUUUUCCUGUGAUAUCGGCAUGUCUGGAACGGAGUCUAGGACUUGAAGUUGUUCAAAAUCUGAGCUUCCAUGGUCUCAGAUGAAGACCAAUCUCUUUUGGACUGUGACAGUUCAGUGCCUGUUGCCUGUAACCCUUCGCUGACUCUUCAGUAAGAGCCAAAAUGGAGACCUGUAAGUCGUCUGGGUGGAUUCAGAGGUUGAGAGACUGAAAGGAAACGAGCAUCGUCACCUGAAGGGGACAGGAAAGGUGUAGCUUAGUAAUGAUGUCUUGUCUGCUUUAACGUAAGAAGCUGACUUCACACUGUGUUAGUUUAAAUUGUUGCAUUUAUAGCUGUGUUUUUUCCUCGUGGACAAAUCCUAGACACCAAUUCAAGAAAUUGCACGAACGUUUUUCUAGAGAUCCUGGAUAAGGCUCGUCCUGAGUGGCUGCAGUGGCCGUGAGCUUUGAGGGUUUGUGGUGUCCCCUUCUCCACCAACUUUGAGGGCUUCUGCCUUCCCCCCUUUCCAACCGGGGGACACUACACAUUCAGGUUUGGGGGCAAAGAGAGGUAAACUGUUGCUGACCACCGUAUGUUGCAAGGCAGAACCUUAGGGAGAGCAGGGCACAGCUCUUGUUGCAAUUUUAAAUGUUAUGUUAGGCACCAAGUUUCUGAUGCAGUGAGUGAAUUUAACUUAACACUGAGUAGUUUAGAACUUUGUAUCUGCCACAAAAAACAUUACCUUUUUGCUAUGGCAGUAACCUCCAAAUUACUGGAAUGUCGUUGACAAUGCCAACUGUGUUGGUGAAGGUAAAAUGCACGUGGGUUUCCGUGUGAUUUACUGGCGCUUGCAAGAGGACUCCUCCCUGAGUUACGCUGUCAAAAAGUGCUUUUGUGCAAAGUGCAAGACGUUGCCUGAAGAUGCCGUGUUAGCAUCCGGCCUCGCAGGGAUUAUCUGAAGCUGAAACUGAAGAAUCCUUUGAAGAGCUGCGAGGUACCAAAAGAGGAAAUGGACGUGCAGCUGGUGGUAAAGUGUGACCAAUUUGUGUGUUUAGCAAAGCUUGAGAGCUGCAGCCUUGCAGUUAUGUCUGUACAGUGCUUUAAAGUUGUAAAAUGCUGUAUAAUUCUUGAUUGAUAUGGCAAGGUUUGAGCUUUGCUGACUUCUCUGCUAGACAGAGUGAUGUACUAUUAAAGAGAGUUGGCAGUUCCUUCCUGUUGUAAACCCCCGUCUUUGUUCCCUCUGUGUCUUUAAAAAUGAUCUUGUUGGUUAUGGGAGCCUUUGAAAUAUUUUGGAUAUUUUCAGGAGGUAAAACAAAGUUGCCUUUUUAAGGUACUUCUGAAGCGAUGGACAAGUCUUCAAAGGGACGUGACUUUUAAGUGUCACUGGUGUUUUUUGCAUCGGUGGCUGCGUACAAGCAGUGUGGCUUUCUGGACCUGCAGUGAGUCUUUCUACAGCCCACCAGUCUGAAGCAGGAGCUCGCUCCCUUCGUCCUCUUCCUCCUCCUCCUCCAGCUCACGUUCCACGCUGCUCCUGGCUCAAGUGCUGUCCCCAAGCUGCCGCACUUUGAUCCUGUAGUCACGUCUAUUUAAUACCUGGUAAGUGUGUGGGAUUUGAAUGUUGCAUGGAAGAUCGUACUUGCCUAACUGUGACUUCCUGGUGCCUUAGUGCAUUGAAAACAACAAAAAAAUGUUUAAAAAAAAAAAACCCUGGGAUUUUGCUGACCACACUGUUUGUAUAAUACCUAGCUCUGACUUCCAACUCAUGUUAAAAAAUGACUGAGAUUUAGUGACCCUCAGGGGGUUUUUGUAUAUGUCUGCAUAGUGGUAUUUUUAUUGUUUCUGUUACCAAUGUAUACUAAAGGUUUGGGUUUUUUAAUGAAAACUUGAGAUACUUGCCAGAGAUCAGAAUUUGUUUUUGGUUUUGUUUUUUUUUUUUUUUUGUUAAGUCAAAUAGCACAUCUUUUCUGAAAAGUCAAAGCAGCAGAAACGUGUUUCUUAGUAUCAAGGGAUGAUGAGUCUGUCUAGGAGCAGCCCCUUCCAGCAGACACUCCUGUUCACAGGCGUCUGGCCUGGGUUAAACAGCGCUGGAGCUUGUGAGCAAAGGGUGGAAGCUGAGUAAGUUCAGAAUAUGAAAAAGCUAGGCGCUGCCUUUUUCUAACAUAGAAAUACACUAGUGACUGAUGUGCAGGGAAACUGAAGUUUUGUGUAGGUAAUUCUUGAUAUCAUAUGAUCACUUCUUUUUUUGGGGGGGGGGGGAAGAAAUAGUUAAAAAAAAAAAGGUGGGAAAAUGUUGAGAGAAAGGGCAGACUUCAACAGGUUCAGUGAAUUCACACUGAGGGGACAGGUAACGGCUGGAGCAGCAGCGCCUGCGCGUGUUUGCAUUGGCAGUUGACUCCUGGGGUUUGCUGGCUCUGUUUUGCCAGAGUAGGUUCAGUCAGGUAACGUUGGCGUGUUCAGCUUUCAAGGUGUUUCCUGUUUCUGACCUCGGAUGUUUUUUCGAGACCCUAAUGAACGGUGCCCUGGGUUCUGUGUUCGGUAUUGCCCGUGCUUUGAGCAGGGGGCCGGAGGCGACCCCCCUGGGGGGAAGUGCAAAAUGUAGCAGAACCUGUGGCUGGAAGGUUUGUUUUUAUCCGAAUCUGGCGAGCUGUGGAAGACUGUUGGCAAAGCUGAUGGAGUUUGCAAGCACGUGCAAAAGUGUUUUUUUGACAAGUCCUGAAACCACGUUGUGCUACAAAGGAUGGAGAUCCUUUGGGAUGGGAGGGGGAGGAAGGGAGCUGUCCUGGGUCCAAACUCUACCAUGGGAGUACUUAAGGUGGGCAGAAGUUUUUAGGUGUACUUUGCUAACAGGAUGCCCUAUAUGAGGACAGGCUUGUAGAAUUGUUUAGAGGUGUUAGACCUGAUUAAAAAGGAAAAAAAAAAAAAAAGACUUGUUUUCUGAGCUUUA